CAACAUAAAGAGUCUUGUAACUUCGAUAUCAAAUUGGAAGUUGAUCUUAAACCAUCAAGUGGUGUAGUCACGACCAUAUGCCGGAGCAACUUCAAACACAUGUACUGGACUCCACAACAACAACUGGCGCAUCAUACUAUUACAGGAUGCAACAUUAAACCUGGAGAUUUAAUGGGGUCCGGCACUAUAAGUGGAAACACUUCGGAUUCUUAUGGUUCAAUGCUGGAAUUAUGUUGGAAAGGCACACAUACCAUUGCGCUAAAAGAUGGUACAACAAGAAAAUUCCUUCAAGAUGGUGAUGAAAUAAUUAUUCGUGGUUAUUGUGAUGGCGAUGGUUAUAAAAUUGGUUUCGGAACAUGUACGGGUAAAUUGUUAUCUGCUAAUAACUAACAAGUGAAAUUGGUGCAC